GACGUAGAUGUUUGUCCCAAGGUCUUCCCGUACCGUCCAGGCGGCGAUACGCCUCCUGGUUUCGAAGUGUGUCCGGCGUGUGUCAGUUGUUCUCCGGCAGCAGUCGCCACUGCGGACAUGAACCGCGAGAGCUUCGCGGCGGGCGAGCGGCUGGUGUCGCCGGCUUACGUGCGGCAGGGCUGUGAGGCCCGCCGCUCGCACGAGCACCUCAUACGGCUGCUUCUGGAGAAGGGCAAGUGUCCAGAGGAUGGUUGGGAUGAAAGUACACUUGAACUCUUUUUACAUGAACUUGCAAUUAUGGAUAGCAACAAUUUCCUGGGCAAUUGUGGUGUGGGAGAAAGGGAAGGGAGAGUGGCAUCUGCAUUAGUUGCUCGGCGACAUUACAGGUUCAUUCAUGGAAUUGGACGAUCGGGUGAUAUUUCUGCUGUGCAACCCAAAGCUGCAGGUUCUAGCCUUUUGAACAAAAUUACCAAUUCUUUGGUCCUGGACAUCAUAAAGUUGGCUGGUGUCCAUACGGUGACCAACUGCUUUGUAGUUCCGAUGGCAACUGGUAUGAGUCUAACCCUGUGUUUCUUAACAUUACGACUCAAAAGACCAAAAGCAAAGUACAUUAUAUGGCCACGAAUAGACCAGAAGUCCUGCUUUAAAUCCAUGAUCACUGCAGGUUUUGAGCCUGUGGUGAUAGAGAACGUUUUAGAAGGUGACGAACUACGCACAGACCUGAAAGCAGUGGAGGCUAAAGUCCAGGAACUUGGGCCUGAUUACGUUCUUUGUGUUCAUUCUACUACAUCCUGUUUUGCUCCAAGGGUGCCUGAUAGAUUAGAAGAACUGGCUGUGAUUUGUGCUAAUUAUGGCAUUCCACAUAUAGUUAACAAUGCUUAUGGAGUGCAGUCUUCAAAGUGCAUGCACCUCAUUCAGCAGGGGGCUCGGGUUGGUAGAAUAGACGCUUUCGUUCAGAGCUUGGACAAAAAUUUUAUGGUUCCAGUAGGUGGCGCUAUAAUUGCUGGCUUUAAUGAUUCCUUCAUUCAGGAAAUCAGCAAGAUGUAUCCAGGAAGAGCUUCAGCUUCACCUACUUUAGAUGUCCUUAUUACUUUAUUAUCACUUGGAUCGAAUGGCUACAAGAAGCUAUUAAAAGAAAGAAAGGAAAUGUUUUCAUAUUUGUCCAACCAACUAAAGAAGCUGUCAGAAGCCUACAAUGAAAGAGUGUUGCAUACACCUCACAAUCCCAUAUCUUUAGCUAUGACACUUAAAACACUAGAUAAACACUAUGACAAAGCUGUCACUCAGCUUGGCUCCAUGCUUUUUACCAGACAGGUUUCUGGAGCCAGGGUUGUGCCUCUUGGGUCUUUGCAGACGGUGAGUGGCUACACUUUCAGAGGCUUUAUGUCACAUACAAAUAAUUACCCUUGUGCUUACCUCAAUGCCGCAUCAGCCAUCGGUAUGAAGACACAGGAUGUGGACUUGUUCAUAAAGAGACUUGACAAGUGUUUAAAGACAGUAGGAAAAGAACAAAAUAAAGAGAGUGAUGUAUCUGGAGUUGACAAGUAUGAUAAAACUGAAGACGUGGAUAUAGAAGAAAUGGCUUUAAAAAUAGAUAAUGUACUUCUUGGCACAUGCCAGGAUUCUUCCUGAUGACAUGUGAAGGGUUUCUUUGUGAUAAUUUAAAAAAAGUGAUGAGGCUACAGUAUAAGCUAGCAGUUCAAAGAGAAGACUUGAGAUUUCUGAAUUGAGAAUUUCAUGGAGAAUAUUUGGUCAAGGAAUAGAACAUGGUCUGAGCUAGCCAUUGACAAUUGUUACAUUUGUUGUUCUUAGACUGCCUCAAUCAUUAUCCUUAACAGGUUAUAAUGUGCAAUUAGCGUUUUUCUAAUUGUUAAAUAUUUGCCAAAUAUUAUGAUUCAGAUAAUUCUUACUAAUAUAAUGAUAGUAAAAUUGCACAUUACUCUAAUUCUCUUUGAAAUGUGUAGACUGCUUCCUUCUGACCAUUCUCUAUCAUUCACAAAUUACUUAUGUUUCUGACCACACAGAAUUUAGAAAGAUCGCUAAUGCUACUAAUUAGAUGUUUGUUGAUGUGUGUAAGUCACAGUAUGCCUGUAAAAUGGACAUUUCCCAGGAAAGCAGAGUCAAGGUCAAGGUGUAAGCUUUAAUUUUUGCUCAGCAGAAAUGGAUCUCAACUGGGGAUGAUUGGCUUCUUAUAUCCAAGUAACAUCUGGAGAUUUUUUGGGGUUUUUUGUUUGUUUGUUUGUUUUUUCGGCCAUGGCACACAGCUUGUGGGAUCUUAGUUCCUCGACCAGGGAUUGAACCCUCGCCCUCAGCAGUGAAAGCGUGGAGUCCUAACCAUUGGACCACCAGGGAAUUCUCUGGGGAUCUUUUUUGAUUGUCAAACCUAGUUAGGAUGCUAUUGACAUCUAGUGAGGGGAGGCCAGGGGUGCUGUUCAACAUCCUACAAUGGACAAGACAACUUCUCAAAACAAAGAUUUAUCCAGCCCAAAAUGUCAGUAGUGCUGAGGUUGAUAAAAACUGCUCUAAAGUAAAAGAACUCCUCAGUAAAGAGAAGUUUUCCAUAGCAACUUUAAUUAUUCAGUAGUACUUCAAAGAAGGUAUCUCUAUAAAUGUUACCAACUACACAGCAUAUAGAUUCUUUUUUUUUUUUUAACAUCUUUAUUGGAGUAUAAUUGCUUUACAGUGUUGUGUUAGUUUCUGCUGUAUCACAAAGUGAAUCAGCUGUAUGUAUACAUAUAUCCCCAUAUCCCCUCCCUCUUGCGUCUCCCUCCCACCCUCCCUAUCCCACCCCUCUAGGUGGUCACAAAGCACCAAGCCGAUCUCCCUGUGCUAUGCAGCUGCUUCCCGCUAGCUAUCUAUUUUACAUAUGGUAGUGUAUAUAUGUCAGUGCUACUCUCUCACUUCGUCCCAGCUUACCCUUCCCCCUCCCUGUGUCCUCAAGUCCAUUCUCUACAUUGUGUCUUUAUUCCUAUCCUGACCCUAGGUUCAUCAGAACCAUUUUUUUUUUUUAGAUUCCAUAUAUAUGUGUUAGCAUACAGUAUUUGUUUUUCUCUUUCUGACUUACUUCACUCUGUAUGACAGGCUCUAGGUCCAUCCACCUCACUACAGAUAGUUCUAUUUCCUUUCUUUUUAUGAUUGAGUAAUAUUCCAUUGUAUAUAUGUGCCACAUCUUCUUUAUCCAUUCUUCUGUCAGUGGACACUUAGGUUGCUUCCACAGCAUAUAGAUUCUUAAGUGAAAACUGAGGUUACCAUUUCUAAAUAUGUAAUUAUAAAUUGUUAAUAUGGCAUGUGUGCAUUCUUCCACUUGGGAAAGUAAAAACUUUAUUCCAUUGUUUUGCUUCAAGGAGUCUGUAUAUUUGGUUGGUUUGUUCAGGUGUUUUGCACAGCUGUCGUCAAGAGUGGUUAACGUGGGGAUUCUGAACAUAUUUUUGCUGGGGAGGUGAAAAUGAUGGAGUAUGAAGAACAGGUGUAUUCCCUUCUCAUUGCCCAUAUGCUUACUUUCUGAGUCUGAAAUUCCAGACUUACUGGCUAUAACUAUUACGUUUGUUGUUAAUUUUAAGAAAUAGACUGAUGUCUCAUAGCCAUAAGGAGUUAGUGAAGCCUCUGAAUGCAUCAAAAUGUCAAAGCUGUAUUUCUGAAGACUUGCUCUGUGGAGCAUUUAUUCCUAAGAGAUGCUCAUGGAUAUAAAAGGUUCCACGGACAAGUAAGUUGGGGACUUUGCAAACCUGCCUAUUGGCAUAUUAAAGUCUCUAAGAAUUCCUUCUAUUCCAGUUUGAAUGUAUCCUUAUCUAAAGAUGGAACCCGUUUUUUUAAUUAAAUGCUUACUGACAUCCCAUUGAACGUACUUUUGAAAACACUACAGUAGAGAAUGCCACGUUGCUUUCUGGAUGGUGUUUUUCUCUAUUGUUUUGGCAUUGUAAACUAUGUUAAAUGUGAGCUCAGACAGCUGCCACUCCCACGGGUAAGUUAGAAUAUUUUGGACACUGGCUUGACAACCUUGGAAGUCAGCUGUGUUGAGAUAAAGUACUUAAUUACAAAUAUUGUAAAGAUUACUUUAAAAUUAUUGUGUCUUUGGGGUUCAGAUAUUUGAAGUGGCUGGGUUCUUUAAAUAGCUAUAAUAACUUCUUUCAAAGGAGUAAAUCCUGGAUUAAAAAAUUGUAUAAUUUUUUUAUGUGAAUUUGAGACUGAAUUGUAGAACUAACAAAGCUGAAGAGUUGCUGUAGACCCUCUCGAAUCUGUGAAAGGGAAUGAAGUGAUGUUGCAGAUGUAGAUGCUGGCAGUGCAGCGUACCGUCCACGUAAGCCAAGAUUGUUUUAUAGAACGGGUGAUCUAUAUUGUGUGAUCAUCAUUUAGUUUAAGAAAGGCCAGAGCCGAGAGACCAGCAAAUGUUUUCUCAUCUGCAGUGUAUCAGCAGUUCUUGGGCUUCAGCUGCUGAAUAGAUAAUAAUUCUAAUUGAAGAAAAAUUACAUGAACCCACAUGUGAAUGAUAGAUAUAACAUUUCAUUCCUGGUGCAUAAAAAUCAGCUGCAGUUUUUAUUAUUAGUCCUUUCUUUUCAGAGGUUUUGGAAUUCCAGCUCUAUUCCUGCUGGUUUCAAUUUGACCUUGAGGUUGGAGAAGUCACAAGAAUUUUUGAAGGGAUGUUGUAGGUUCUGCAUAUUGAGGCUUUCCUUUGCCACCACCCCAGUGUCCUUUGACUUGCUGUCUCUCAUCUCCACAUAUGAGUAUAAAAAAGCAUUUACAUACAGUUAUUUAUUUUAACCUGCUAGCAAUGAUUGGUAAGCCUCAUAAUUGGCCUCAGUUAUUCUCGUACUGGGGCAGAGGGGCAACGGAUGAUAUCUUUUCCAGUCAGUGACUAAGAUGUCCUUUUCUGUCUUUACGAUCCAACUGCCCUUAUUAAGACUAUCAGGUAGAAUUUUGGAGUUUGGUUUUUAAAGUCAUUGGGCUGUGGUAGUCUGCCCAGAAAAGAAAACUGAAUAACAUGAAAGAUUCUUUAGGUCACCGAACGUAUUACUAAUUAUACAUACAGCAGGGAAAGGUAUUUUGAAUCCAAUUCUCAAUUUGGCUCUUAAGUUCUCUGCUGACAGAUUCUCCCUCUAUGUGAUACUAGCCUUAGGAACUCUGUGUUCAACUAUAAAUCUUUUUAUUUAGCUUUUUGCAUUAGUUGACAAGUUGACCGAAUAUGAACUAUUGAAUACAGUUAUGUUCAGCUAAUAGGCACUUGAUAUGCAGAAUGAUAACUUUAAGUUUUUUCUAAUGUUUUGCUGUAGCACAUACCUCUAUUGUGGUUCUGUUUCUCUAACCACUAUAAUAAGAACUGUAAUUGAGGUCUAAGGUACGGGAUGUGCUUUUAUUUUUAGACUAUAUGGCUAUGAUACGUUUUAGUAAAAUUAAAAUUAAAACAGAUAAUUUUUUUAACCAGCAAUGUUACUUUAAUAUUGAAUUAGUAGCUCAUCGUGAGUUAAAUUCUUGUGUUCUUUCAUAGAGGAAAAUAGCCAACAAUUGACAACAAUGACAAACCCUGAUGAGUCUCAUUGAUAAUACACUCAGAGAAAUUUUUUUGAAUACAUCCACAUUUGGUGCAUAUGAAAGUUGGGUUUUCUUUCCCACUGUCUAAGAUGUGCUAAUUUCUGCCAAGCCCUUAAAUGGUUUUGUUAUGUUUUGCAUUCAUGAGGCUGACCUUAUUUUGUAACUGAGUUUGCGUACACAGAAGUUUGAUCAUUUCAGAAGUUUGAUACCCUCUGAAUAAUCUGAUAAAAACAAUUGAAUAUGCUGUUAACAUAUAACAUAAAGAAAUCCAUCGAACAGUUCUUUUCCUUGUCUGUCAAAUUGUGUUGAUUAUUUGUCUCUUGUGGCCGCUCAGUGUACAGGUCUAAGACUUACCCGCUGCUUCCUUUCGUGCCUUCCUUUUUACUUGCAUGCUCUUUGUUGGCCAUUAUGGUAAUAUACACAUGUAAGGUGAUGAGUUCAAGGCUAAUGAAUAUAUCUUUAUAAUUUUCCACCUAAUAUUCUACAGUUCAAUCUAAGACCUUAAGCAAAAUCUGGAAAUGUUUAUAUGGUCUUGUUUUUAUCAAGUGGUAUCAACUUGAACUUUUAGAGAAAUGUGAGGAAAGGCUAUGUUCUUCAUAUUUAUACAUAUAAAUGUAUAAUUGUGGGGGAUUUUAGCUAUUAGAAUUGAAGCUGGUGUCAGCCUGCUAACCUGUAUGUUAUACUAAAAGAAAAAGAUGUUUCCAAAAAUAUUUUUGGUGUAGACUAUGUAUAAAUAAAACUAAAUUGUAUAA